AUGGAAGCACUCCUGUCCGGCUUUGCGGAGAAGCAGUCCACCGUCGAAGAGCCUAGAGUAGCAGAACCAGAAGACACCUCACACAGUAUAGAGAAAGAGCUUGCCAAUCUAAUCAUAUCAGACUCUGGCGAGCAGAAAUAUGUCGGUCCCUCGGAUUUUUCCGUCUUCUCCCCUCGAGGUUUGGCCUGGAUCCAGCGUAAGACCGGAUCAAAUCGUGUUGCAGUCGUGUUAGACAGGCUUCGGCGCCUUGGUCCUUUAUGGCCCUCAUUUAAGAUGGGUCAUCUGUGGGACAGUGGAAACACUGCUGGGUGCCGCCUUCCAACCAAAGAGGCAGCUGAACAGCUCGUCAACAAUUAUUUUAGGACUUUCAACUCCGUUUUCCCUCUCUUCGACCAGAAAUCGUUCCGGGCCCUUCUCCAUCAGCAAUAUUCAACUGACCCUCCGGCCAAGCGAUCAUGGUUUGGCGCACUGAAUGUUGUUCUAUCCAUCGGCUGUAUCACUGCUACGGAAUCCAUCUGGAGCAGCAUCCGCGACUCCGACCCGUCUUACUUCUCGAAUGUGUCAGAGGUGUCAUGGAAGCUUCUCCAGAACUCUUCAUCGGUGCUGGUGGAUGUCCUCUUUCACACCAAUGACCUCAUGGGUGUGCAAACAGUGAUUGGAAUGGCUUUCAUCAUGCAAGCAAUUAUGAAUGCAGAAGCUGCUUUUGCCCUCCUCGGGAUCGCCGCUCGACUGGGGUUUGCUCUUGGUCUGCACCGAUGGCUUCCAGGCUUCGGCCUGUCCCGAGCAGAACUUGAGCAGCGACAAAGGGUCUUUUGGAUAUUGUACAUCCUGGAGAAAGAUAUGUCUAGCCGUAUUGGCAGGCCCUCUGCUAUUGAUGACGAUGACAUCGGCUUCGGAUUCCCAGCCGAACAGUCGCAGGAGGACUGUGGCAUUAAGAUGUCAGCUGCCGCUUCUGGGGGUGCAAAGUUCUAUCCUCUUUACCACAUGUGCGUCCUUGCACGCAUUGAGAGUAAGAUAUACAAAGAGCUGUACGCCUAUGCUGCUCGGGUCAAAACAACCAGCGAGAGGCUCGAAUCUAUCAGCAGACUAGACGCAGAGCUUCAGGAAUGGAAGGAGAGCCUCCCCAUAGAAAUCAGGCCGGAACAUCCUAUCCAAUGUGACCCGGAGGGUAGGUUUCCAAUUGUCCUCCUUCACUUCGGAUACUAUCACUGUUUGAGAGCUGUCCAUCGGGUCAAUGCACACCAUGAGUUGUGGUCUUCGGAAACCGACGAAUAUGACGACAGCGGGUCUUAUCCCACUUCUCACGGCUCAAAUGCUCCAAGCUCUGAUGGCGUACUGAACGUUCGGGUCCAUUCCUCCUACGCGCUGUGUCUGGCGGCGGCGCGAUCGAUCCUCCAUCUCUCAGUAACAUAUUUGCAGAACUUGAGCGAUCCCCGAAACACUCUCAUUUGUACAAGUCCUUACUUUCCCUUUUCGGCAUUCUUGACGUUGUUCUCGUUCAUGUUACAUUCCCCUUUGGAUCCGAAAGUGACGGCAGAUCAAGCUCUUAUGGAGGCGACAUUGGGCUGCAUCAAUGGAAUGCUACACACACUGGAUAGGGCGACCAUGUCAUUUAUGGCGGGAGUUGCUGGCGAUCUUCUCACAAUUGCCAAACAAUAUGUCGAGAGCGUCCGCGCUCAAGUCUCUGAAGAAAAGCAUAAGAAUCCCACAAUGCGAGAGACUCCCGGCGAAAAAGGUUUCGCCGGCUUCGCGCAGAACGCCUCUGAUGCUUAUGUCGAUUCGACCACGACCGAGAGCAUAGGAACCUCGAUGCUAGCGAGUUUAGAGCCCCAGCAGGAUUCUAUGGCUAGACCGGUGCCAAUGUCUGCUGAGCUGCCAGAUGGAUUCGACUUCCCAAGCAGUCAGCUAGCUACGGAUCCGCUGUAUGCAGGAAAUGAUGGGUUUGGUCCAAGCUGGAUGAGCAACUUGGGUCAAUUCUCGACGCAACAAUCCUUGAUGGAUGAUCCGUUCUUCUUCGCAGAGGACGCCGGUUGGGAUUGGAGCUAUUGA